AUGCCUGGCAAGCCAUGCCUGCUGCAAUCCCAGGCAGGAACAGUAGGCGUCUGUGGGCUAUACGGGCCAGUCAUGUCGCUGAUGAGUCGGGACCUCAUACAAAUGACUUGCAUGUGCGUCCGCAAUCGCACGCACAAGAUGCAAGGAAUGCAGUACGCUUUGCUCCUUCCCUACCUGUCUAAAGCAGUGUUUCACUGCUUCCGUUAUACGGAUUGUGUAUAUCGCCCCAUGCUUCAGCCGUACAAAUGUAUCACUGCUUUUGACCAUUUCUUGGCACACGAGCUUGCAACACAGUUCUCCACAUCUCUGCCUCCAUCAGGCGACAAGAAUAUUGGGGCCGGCCUCGCUUGA